GGGUGGCGGCUGCGCCGUAGGCGGGCCGCGGCCUGGACGCGCUGUGGGGAGGGGCGGAGCCAGCGGGCGGGAGCGCGCGCUGGGCCCGCCUCGGCAGCCGCCGCCGCCGCUGCCGGGGAAUGAUCUGGGCGGCUGCAGGCGGCCUCAGCUAGCGGCCACAAGCGACUUCUGCGGCUGCCCAGAGGAGCAAAGGUCGCAAGUCCCGUGUCGUCCCCCUCUCCGCCCCCCAGGAGGGGCGAGAGGGAGCCGCGGCUGAUGUCAGAAAUACACUUUCGGGAAAUGGCCUCUAAAUCUUGGCUGAAUUUUUUAACCUUCCUGUGUGGAUCAGCAAUAGGAUUUUUUUUAUGUUCUCAGCUAUUCAGUAUUUUGUUGGAAGAACAGGGUGACACCCAGCCUAAAAUUCUUCAUAAUGAUCCUCAUGCUAGGCAUUCAGAUGAUAAUGGACAGAAUCAUCUAGAAGGACAAAUGAACUUCAAUGCAGAUGCUAGCCAACAUAAAGAUGAGAACACAGACAUCGCUGAAAAGCUCUACCAGAAAGUUAGAAUUCUUUGCUGGGUUAUGACAGGCCCUCAAAAUCUGGAAAAAAAGGCCAAACACGUCAAAGCUACAUGGGCCCAGCGUUGUAAUAAAGUGUUGUUCAUGAGUUCAGAAGAAAAUAAAGACUUCCCUGCUGUGGGAUUAAAAACCAAAGAAGGCAGAGAUCAACUAUACUGGAAAACAAUUAGAGCCUUUCAGUAUGUUUAUGACAAUUAUUUAGAAGAUGCUGAUUGGUUUUUGAAAGCAGAUGAUGAUACGUAUGUCGUAGUGGACAACUUGAGAUGGCUUCUUUCCAAAUACAACCCUCAAGAACCCAUUUACUUUGGGAGAAGAUUUAAGCCCUAUGUAAAGCAGGGCUACAUGAGUGGAGGAGCAGGAUAUGUACUGAGCAGAGAAGCCUUGAAGAGAUUUAUUGAUGCAUUUAAAACAGAAAAAUGUACACAUAGUUCCUCCAUCGAAGACUUAGCACUCGGGAGAUGCAUGGAAAUUAUGAAUGUAGAAGCAGGAGAUUCCAGAGAUACCACUGGAAAAGAAACUUUUCAUCCCUUUGUACCAGAACACCAUUUAAUCAAAGGUUAUCUACCCAGAACCUUUUGGUAUUGGAAUUAUAACUAUUAUCCUCCAGUAGAGGGUCCUGGUUGCUGUUCUGAUCUUGCAGUUUCUUUUCAUUAUGUUGAUCCUACAACUAUGUAUGAGUUAGAAUACCUCGUUUAUCAUCUUCGUCCAUAUGGUUAUUUAUACAGAUAUCAACCUGCCUUACCUGAAAAUAUACUAAAGGAUAUAAAUCAAGCAAACAAAAAUGAAGAUCCAAAAGUAAAAUUAGGAAACCCUUGAAAGAAAAACAUGAAUGAACAGAAGUAAAUGCCCAGCAUUGCACUGAAGGAGGACUUCUGCAUUUCUAACAUAGAACACUGGAAUCCCAGUGAGGAAUUCUAAGUGAACAUUCCAUAUAGAAAUCUUUCAUACGAAUGACUGUAAACUGACGCUUUAAAUGAGCUGUGAAGUCUGUUAAAAUGUGUUUUGAUACAGUAAUAUAUACAAAAAAAAAUAUAUAUAUAUAUAUAUACACACACAUAUAUAUAUAUGAAGAACUUGUGUUCUUAAAAAGGUGGCCAGGUAGAGAAACUAGAAAAGAGAUUUUGUUGCCUAUUUUUGACCAUAUCUAUUGUCACUGAGAAACUAAAACAAUUAAAUUUGCUAAAACCACACUAUACCAUGUUAUUAACACACAUGAUACUAAACAGAUCUGCCUUAAAGAAAGUUUUAGAAAGAAAUAUUGUCACUCAGUGUUGUUAAUAAACUCAAGAAAUGAGUUUAUAUUUGCAGUAUGCUAUAAAUGAACCACUCUCCACACACAUAAAUACAGUUUUUGUCUAAUGAAAAUUUUGCUGUGAUUAUUUAUAAUUGGCAGUAUUUCUUCCAGAAUAAGGUAGAAUAAGGAUGGCACUUAUUCUAAAGUGCAUUAAUAAAACCACAUUUUGAAAUUAUUACAGGCCUUGACAAUAUUAUAUACUUGGUUCUAAUUAGUAAUCUUUUACUGAGUCCCUGUUUUCUCUUUUCUAAAUAUGGUUAACCACUCUUGAAUACCAUUCUCCACUAUUAGUAUUUAUUUACUCAAAGCAUUAAUAGCAUUCUGUAGACAUGCAUUUUAUAAUUUGUUCCCAAAUUUACCCAUUAUUAAUAAUGGGUAAUUAUUAAGUAGCAAAUUUAAUGGUAUUUGGGGAUGCUUUUCUUAUAUCAGUGCCACUCUCAGGAAUUUCUGACAUUUUUAAUUGAUUAUGUAAAACUCUUUCCAACUACAUAAUUAUAAUUUCUUUCAUUCUCAUCCUGUUGAAAGAUGAGAACUUGUUUGUGCCUUUCAUAACUUGUUUAAAGCAGAGUUUUAAAAUUUAUUUUAGGAUCUGAGGUGGCUGUUAAUUUACACCGGCAAGAUUAUUUUGAAUGCAAGAUUUUGACCAGAGUUAAUUUAUGAAUAACAGUCUGAAGUUUGAUGCUGAUUGACUUUUGGGAUAAUUGUUUUGUUGGUGGGUAAUUCUAACAGAGCAGAAUACCUAUUCAAGACUGCCAUCAAAAACAUUCACAAAUGUCUCAUUGUAAUUUUAGUGACUCUAGAGUUUCUGAAAGGAAAGAAAGUUUUUAAUUUUUAUUGUCUUUAGCAAUACUAUCUGAGUGUAUCAUAGCAGAAUAUUUUACAAACACUCUAUAAGAUUAUUUUUAGUGUUACAAAUGAUUUAGAUUUUCCUUAUGUUUAUCAUUAUGCUAAUUUUACGUGGCUGUGACACCAUUGACUGCUGCUUAGCUGAAUAAUUUAUAUUUAUUGUGCCAAAACAUGUCAAAAUCAUGAACUCUUUUGGAUGUGUUUGAGAGGAUGUUCCUUUCAUUGCCUAAUUCUGUCCACAUAAUGAAAACAUGCACCAAUUUUUACCUAUUAAAUUGUUUUUUGCUGUUCUCAUUGUGGUAUCAUCUGCCAAAAUUUCAAGGCAUUCAUUCUAUUCUUAGAACAGCUCUUCACAGUGGUGUGGACAUGAAUUUCCAUAUAUGUUGUUUUUCUUUACUAGAAGUGAUUUGCCAUAAAUAUGAAAAAAUGUUUAAGAUUUACCCAUAGGAAAUAAAUGUUGUGAUGAAUCCUAAGCUUUGGAGUCAGACUGCCUGGGUUUGAAUUCUUGCUCCAUCACUUACUAUUUUUGUAACAUUGAGCAAUUUACUUAAUCUCUUUGUGCCUCAAUUUCCUCAUCUGUUAAUUAGGGAUAAUAAUACUGCCUACCUCACAGGAUUUUUCUGAGGAUUAAGUAAGUGAAUAUAUAUAAGGUUCUUAGAACACUGUCUGCCCCAGAAUAGGGAGCAAUAGGUGUAAGGUUUUAUUAUUAUUCUAUUAUCUUGGAGUGUAAAUACUUCAUUUAAAUUAAUGCAAAUCUGCUUUGAUCAAAUCAGGUAUUGAAGGAAUUAGUUCAUACAUUUCUUAUAAUGAUAAUAGUAUUUAUCUAGUGCCUGCUAUAUGCCAGGUACUGUGCUUAGAUAAUCUGUGUUACACUAGUAUUAAUCCUCACAAAUUGAGUGUUAUUUCCACAUUAUAGAUGAGGAAAUGAAGCUCAGAGAAUUAAUGUAACUUUUCCACUGUCACAAAAACUGGUAAGUUACAGAGCUAGAAUUUAUGCCCAAACUCAGUGUGUUCAUUUGAAUCAUAUCAAGCUUGGGGUUAGUCAUUUAGCGUGAUUUCCAUUUUUUACUGAUACGAUAUGUGACUCUUGAUACAUUGUCCAGUAAUAAGUCAAAUUAACCAACCAGAUUGUGAGAGUGAUUUUAAAACUGUGGUUCUCAUACUUGCCUAAGAGCUUGUUAAAAUGCACUUCUAAAGACCCCAAUCCCAAAAAUUCUGAUUUUUAGCAUGAGGCCCAGGAAUAUGCAAUCUUACCAAAUACGCUAGGACAGUAGUUGUCAAAGUGUGGUCCCAACAAGCAGCAUCAGCAUCACCUGGGAACUUGGAAGUAUACCCUCUCAGGCCCCACCCCAGAUUUAUGGAAUCAAACAGGGACAGGGCUAGCAGUUGUGUUUAAACAAGCCCUACAAAGUUAGUCUUAUUCAUCCUAGUUUGAGAACCAUUUCCAAACUACCUAUGUGAUUCUGGUACAAAUAGUCUUUGGAACACACUGAAGAUUACUGCCAGUGACUAAGGUAUUUUUCAAAAGCUUAGAUAAAGCAUGCUUUAAAUCAGUGUGGUCCAGGAUCACACUACAGUAAAUGUAAAUACUUUAAAGAUAAUUUAAAGGGUCAGUGGAUCAUUCAUUUUGGCAGAAUUUUUUAGCUUCUCCACAGUGACUAAUAUCAGGGCCUGCAAUAAAAUCUGUAAUUUUCCAAGUUUAGUAAUUUUACAUUGAGACAGGAAGGGUUCAUUAAGUACUAGUAAGUACAUACUAAUUCAUAAAAAGCAUACAUAAGUGAGUGUCAUCAGAAAUGCCCAGGAUUGUUAAUAAAAAUAUUUAAGUAGCAAAAUGCUCUUUUAUAGCAUACAGAGCAUUUUUCUACUAAUCAUUUUGUCAGUUAAAAUUUCAUCACUUUCAAGGAUCAUUUGAGUGUCCUUAAUGACCUAAUAAAGCAAAAAAAAAAUCUCCAAGUAUUUGAUAGAGCACAUAAAACUAGGUUGCAUGAUGAUGAUUUAUUUACCAUCUCUUAAAGUCUUUGUUAUUGGAUAAAUGAUUUUAGGAUGGUCUCAGAACAUAAGGCUUCUGAUGUCCUGUGUUCUCUAAUAACAGAAUACUUGUAUUUUCAAGUGGGAAGUUCAUAGAUACAAAGCAGGUUUUUGUCCCAUAGUUUAUUUGUUUUCAGAUACCAUAGAUUUCAAUUUAUGAAGUUUGAGUAGUUUUUAUUACUGUAAUAAGAUAUGAAAAUAAAUCACUGAUCAGUUUUUAAUAUUUUUAAAAUAUGGUAAUUGGAUUUGAGCAUUAAAUAUGCUAACUGAUUAUUUUCAUGAUUGUUUGAGUAUUAAUUUUUCACUUCUUUGAGCCUAUCAAACUAUUACUAGAUUAAAGUACUAUUUUAUUUGAAAGAAUCCCUCACUUGAUUAGAUCAUAUCUAGCAUUUUAUUCAUCGUUUUAAUUUUCAGUUCAUUAGAUUAUUAUUCUGUCUUUGACAGUUUCUGCUUCUUUGUAUUUAUUGUCUUUUUGUAUUUCCUUUAUAACUAACUUCCACUUUUUAGCUACUCUUAAUGCUGCCUUUGCAAAGUUAAUUUGGCAGGUAAUAAUGAUUAGAAUUUGUGUCACUUACUGACAAUUUUAUACCUACUAACUAGAUUUCCCUAUGAGACUGAAAGUCAAGUCUGUCAAAAUAUAAUGCCUGCUGGCUCUCAGGAUACUUGUGCUACAUUCCUAAUGUGAUCCGUUUGAACCAUGCUUUCUUUUUUCCUCCCCCUUGCUCAUUAGCUUGGGCUUCCACUCUAGUUCUUUCACCAAAAUUUGUAUGACCAUGUUGAACUUGCUUCAUUCUGAUUCUUUGGUUUUGUUAUAGAAACAAUCCUUAACUUUUUCUUGGCCCUUAGCUGAAAUGUUAAUGUAGCUUCUGGUGAUAUCUUUUCAUAAUUUUAUGUCUCUUAAGAGGGUGAUAGAUGUGCCACCUCAUAAAAGUGACCUGUAAGCUAUAGAUAACUGUUAAAAUUUCAUUUUAGACAAUUAAAAUAUUCGUGCUAAAAAAAUCUGCCAUUUUAAACUAAUCCUAAUGUACAAUUAUCAAAGGAAGUAAAAUUAUUUGGAUCCCCUGCUCUUUUCUCAAAAAAACAACACUCGUUUGCUUCAUUUCUCUACUUUUUAGUAGGCCUGACAGAAACACAUAGUUAAGGAAUCUGGGGAAAACCUGUGGUAUAUUUUAUGCUAAAUGUUACCUCUAUUGACUAAAAAAAUGAGUUAUGUUUAUACAUCAGAGUUGAAAUAGAUAUUUUAACACAGAUUGGAAUAAGAAAUUUUACAAAUUCUCUUUAGAGACAGCAACUCUAAGACUAGUUUUAGAUUUGGAUUGUACUCUGUUUCAACUCCCUUACAUCUCUAGUUUUUAGUUGAUAUUAGUUGUUUGAAUAACUUUGCAGGGCCCUGCAAAAUAAUCUACAUGAAGUAUAUUAUUAGAGGGAAACUAAUCUUACUGCUAAGCAGUGUGUUGUACUACUUAGUGAAUGUUUGUGUUUUGGAAUUUAAAAAUUAUUUAAGGUAAUAGUGUCAUGAAUGGUUUAAAAAUGUCUGGUGACUUGCUUAUUUUAAGUGAUCACCAAUAAGUCGGAAAAAUGUAUUUUUAAAUAUUUUUUAAAGUGCCUUUUGAACAUUUUUAAACAAUGGAUUUAAACAACUGCAUAAAUAAAUUGCUGUGUUCAAAGUU